UAAGUCAUAUAAAUUAAGUCACUUAGUAGUUUUGUGUGUCGGUUUCUAAAACGUUAACAACGUCUCCAGCUCUGUCUCUUUCUCUCUCAUCAUCACGCGUCACGUUACGUUUUACGAGCAGGUCUGGGUAUGCAAGGCUACAUCGUUUUAGGUCCCGUAUGCAGUAUGUCUGAAUUUGUCGCUAGUUUGUCUCUCAAUCAAGAUGAUGUGACGCUAAGCAAAGCAGCUGACAGUGCGUUGGAGUUCUGUAAAGAAGAGGACGGUAACGAACAAUUAGUUGCAGCCGGAGUGUUCUCUCAAUGUGAAACUCUUCUUGCUGCUGACAGACAUUGCGAAGGAAAAAUAGCUCAACUUAUUGCCGAACUUGCAAAACAUGAAGAUAACAGAAUUGUUGGUGGACAGAGUGGUGCCAUUCAGUGGCUUGUUGAUGGGCUCGUUAGCAGCAACAGAAAUGUUGUUUGUCAGAGUCUUAGAGCCGUUGCUAAUUUGUGCAUUGAUUGUGAUGUCAGUCGCAACUUUGUUCUCAAAGCAAACGGACCAGAAAAGCUACACAACUGUUUACACAGUGUGCUACAUCGUGAUUCACACGAUGACGAGCUUCUCAGACUACUAGCCGGAACGUCACUAAACCUUGCCACAGAACACAAAGAUGCGGCUCUUGCUCUCAUGAGUGCAGGAGUUGUGAAGCAGCUUGUUUGUAUUUUAUCAAUCAGCAAGGUUGACGAAACGGUUCAUGAAAUGGCAUUGAGUGCACUCGACAAUAUACUUGAAUCAGGAGAGUGCCCCUCGUGUUUAGUUGAUUCUGCAAUAGUUGAGAUUCUCAAAACAACAUUGAACGUAUCAUGUAUGUCACUUCAGUCAAGGAUUAUUGACAUUCUUGUUAUUACAGCAGAAAAGGACGAUGGGAAGGAGAUGCUAGUUGAGAAGGAGGUUUGUGAUUGUGUGUUGGAUCUCAUCAAGUUGAGAUGUGAUGAGCAAACUGAAGGUGCAAUAUCAGACGAAGGAAUGGCGAUAGCAUACAAGGCAGCCGAUCUCAUUAACUUGAUUCUUACUGGAGAUGAAAGCAUGAACAUGUUAUUUAACGAUGGUCACAGUCGAGUAGUAGCAGCUGCCACUCAUUGGCUUACACUACCAUAUAAAAAAUUGGUUGCAGCCGGAGCCUUGGCAAUAGGCAAUUGUGCCAGAAACGAUAAGAACUGUCAGCAUCUGUUUGAUGUUGGUGUUGUUCGUCAGCUCGUAUCGCUUGUCACACACAUUUCUAUUAAACAAGCUAACGAAGAGGAUAUUAACCAGCAUCAUGUGUCCAUUGCUGUUUUAUCAACACUCAGAAACUUCUCAAUUCCAACAUGUCUGAAGUCUCAGAUGGUCUCUUAUGGUGUUGUUGAUGUUGCCACGAAGGCAAUCGCAUCCAACAAUCCUAACGUGCAGUUCAAGUCUUUGGGAAUACUUCGACUGCUGGUUGACGGACAAAGUGACGUUGCCUUUCAUAUUGCUGAAACUGAAGGCGUCAUUACUCAAAUUGUCAAGCUUCACACAAGUGAAGGUCACAGAGGCGUGAAGGCAGAAUCAGCAAGGCUCGUUGCAGCACUCACAAAACAUUGCCACAGCAGCAAACGUGUCAUGCAGAGUCUUGAAGCAGGUGGUACAAUCAGUUGUCUAGUGGAGCUAGGGCAGUCAGAACAUCCACUAAUGAUUCAUGAAGCUGUCGUUGCUUUGACACUAAUGGUUGCUGCUUUGGGAGAGGCUUUGCUGUCUGUGUGGUUGGAGAGUGAGGUGCUGCAGUUGGCAUUGAACGUGGUGAGAAAUAAAGAGUUGGAGGUGGAAAUUAGAGCAAACGGGUUGAGUCUGAUAUGGAAUUUUAGCCAAUUAGGGGUUGCUGCUGUUGAGGAGCUAAAACGACACGAAUUAAGUCACUUGUUACAGCAGCUGAAAGACGAGUCAUACACAAAGUUUGAAGAAACGAUAGCAAAACUGCAAUCAGUGAGUCUUUAACUGCCAAUACUUGAUGCAAAAAUUGUAUAAUGUUUGCUAAGAAAUUUAUAAAUGACAACCAACGGUUACAAACCUGAGGUAUG